UCGAUGUUCAUGUGUUUACAAAAAGUGACCGACCGCUUUCACUGGAAUUAAUUUAGUCCUCCAAACUCCAUCUCGGCUCUACGUAUCUUAAAAUAAAAUGCCACAGAAAGAUCCCUGUCAAAAACAGGCUUGUGCCAUACAGAAAUGUUUACAAGCCAACAAAUACAUCGAAAGUCUUUGUGAGGAUGUGAUUCGAGCCAUGAGGAAGUGUUGUGAAGUCCACGCAGGAGAAAACUCUGUCUGCUGCUCUGGAUUUAUCAAGGAACACACAUCUACAGACACAAAGACGAUCCUUUAAUAGAAAGAUACACAGCAUGCAUGUAUAUGUGCUGCAAGAGAUCAGAGGAGACUUUCAAGGACAUGUGGAAUAGAUAUUCACCAAAAAGUCUCUUGUAACUUUAAUUAAAUCAAGCUGUCUCUGGCUGUCACUAUUUAUUCAACAGUUUAGUGAGAAUAAUAUGCAUUCAACAUCUAGUGUCCAUCAGAGUGACCUGCUUGGUUGUAUGUUCAAAACACAAAGGCCUCGUAGGGACAGCCGUAUGAAAUGCAGAUUACAAAAUGAAAAAGAAACUGGAAUAUUUCUAGCAUGAUGUGCUGAGCAUUAGCUGUAAUUUAGGGAAAUAGAUGUAUUAAAUAAAUAUCAAAACAAAGAUGAGACAAAAAGGCAAACCAGAAUUGUUUAAAACCUGAUUGUCUAUUUACUGGGAACAUUUCUGUCAUUAUUGAAUAAAAUUACAACUUUUAUCGA